AUGCCGCCUACCGUAGGCCCUGCAGCCCUCCUCCUCCUCCUCCUCCUCCUCCUCCUCCUCCUCCUGCUCUUCCCCCACCCAAUCUACUCAAUCAUCCCCCCACCACAGCAACUACGGCAACCACAGCAACCACAGCAACAACCUCCCACAAGCCUCAUCCUCCCACCUCUGCGCUCAGCGCUCGCAGGAGCAGUGGGAGAAGCACCCCCAGACAUGGUCCGAGUAUAUGCGCGCCCUCAGUGUCCAGUAGCAAGGAGAGUCUCCAGCGCAGACUCCACCUCCACCUCCCGUCGGUCUCCACCAGCUGCUGAUUCCACUAGCUGCGCCAGUGGCCGUAAUCGCCCAUCGUCAUACCACUACGAUUCACGGAGACCAGAGCUCGACACGUUCUACAACAUCCACGACCCUCCCCCGCUGGAGAUAAUCUCGCAAUGCAUAUCAGGCUUCAUCCGUGGCACCAGCACGCUCAUUUAUAUUCUCGCCGAGUACGAGGUCUUUGAGCUCAUAAAUGCGACGUAUUAUCCCAUCAGCAGCCAAGCAAAGAUUACUCCCGCCCAGUUCUGCGAAUUGCUCGCCAUCGCGGCGAUCGGGUCGCAGUAUGAGGAUAUCACUCAGGACGCGCAGCUGGCCCUGUUCAAGAGUGCGAAAUGGUAUCUUGAUAGCGGGGCGGGAAAUGAGUGGGACCCAUUGAAGAGGAUGAGGACUUCAAUGCUUGUGGGAUUGUUUUUUGUGUUUGAGAAGUCGUUCUGGGCUAGAGAUUAUUUGGACCAAGCGAUAGAGCUUGCGCGUGCGAGAGGUCUCAAUCUGAUGCAGAGACACCCUGACUACAGCGAGCGAGAAUGGGCCUCGUGGAAAAGAGUCUGGCUCUCUGGAUCAUUGGGUAAUAUCCCGACAAUAUGUGAUGGGGAGGACCCGAUUUAUGGUGAGGGCUAUCGCACAUGCACGAACGAUUUGGACGCCUAUCUGCACGCUGAAGUCAUUAAGCUCUCAAUCUUCAUGGGCUCCAUCACAAAAGAUGUCUACACCCCUACUUUCAUCGACUUCAACAAGGUGGCCGUUUAUUCUGCCCGGUUGAAGGCGUGGCACUCAUCGCUGCCAGAGUCACUGCGACUGCAUAGAGCAGUUUCCGGGAAUGACUCGAAACAGCGAUCCACGAUACUAUUGGCGCACAGCUCCUACCUCAGCUGCAUAAUACUACUAACACGGCGCAUCCUCCUAGAGAGGUUGGAAGGACGAUUUGAGGGCCUCGACGGCCUGGCUAGGAUGGCGGUAGCAGAUGAAUAUGCUCGAAUGUGUGUGUCUGCAGGCAGGCAGCUUGCAACGGUUGUUGGAUUGUUGCACUCGGAAGGUCGUAUAGUUCGGAGGUGCUGGAUGCUGAUACAAGCUGCAUACACUGCCGGACUCAUAGUCCUACUCUGCCUCUCAUCUGACGGUAGCUCCCACGCCGGAAAACAAACCGAAGUCCAAGACCAAGACCUCCUCAACAAGUGCAUCGGUGCCCUUGAGGUCUGCGCUGUCUAUGACCUCGUUGCUCAGCGUUUUCUCGACAUUCUCGUCGCGCUUCGGCGCCUCGUCGUCGUACCCGAAGACACCGCUGGCUCCUCUCCCCAAUCGGCCGGCUCAAAGCGUCGCUUCGACCAGGAGAAUUACACCUCCAGCGAGAGAUCCCACUUCCUUCCCAGCUUCUCGCCGACUAACGAGCUAACACGACACAUCCUUGACCGGUUUCGAGUGCCGUUUGGCGGGGAGUCGAAGGUCAUCGGGAGGGACGAGUACACACUUUCAAAGUUCUUUCCGCAAAAUUGGAGAUUCCUAGUUCCGGAGCCUCCCCCCAUGGGAACAUUUAACCUAGAUGGCAACAGCCCUUCUAAUUCAACGCCAGGAGAUGGUUGUGAUUCGAAUGAGAGGAGGGACUCGAAGAAGCCGCGGGGACCCCCGCAUUUCAAGACGAAGGAGGAGUAUGAGGCGUUCUUCAGACGGAUCUCUUAG